UCUAGGAUGCAUUUCAUCAGGCCCUGGUGACUUGCAGGCAUCUAACUUUUCUAAGUGAUUUUUAACUUUUUCUGUUUUUAUUUUAUCUUCUAAACCUACCCCCUUCCCAUAAGCAUUCAGUGAAGACCGAAACAAAGAAGUCAUUAAGCAUCUCUGCCAUUUCCAAGUUUCUUGUUACUGUUUCUCCCUACUCAUUGAGCAGUGAGUAUAUUGACAUGUCCCAGAGAGCGGCUGGGAGGUUUGUCCCUUUGAAUUCCUCAGCUGGAAGGGGCCAUGGAAGGGUCAGGGGAACAGAAUCCUCUGUCUGGGGUGCUACAGGUUCAUUCUGUGCAAUUCAGAACCAGCAAGGAUCCCCCUUCCCUACCCCCACCCCGUUCCAGUUCUCUGCCCUGGGUUUGCAGGAAGUGACCCUGGAAGAGGAAAGGAAUCGGAAGAGAGGGACCAGAGCUGGAAUGGCAGGACCCAGCUCUUACCUACUUCUGUGUGUGAGGGGCAGGGGGAGUUUCUGGUCCCAUCUCUGCUCAACUAGUCCUUUGAAGAUUAUUUUGAGCAAUAAGUCCAUAAGUAACUAGGGCAGCCACGUGGGCCCUGGGCUGUGCAAAGUUCAGGGUUUGCUCGCCCCUUUCCCCUGCAGCUGGUUAAAGUUUUUGUUGAUCAUCAUCCUUGGGUGGGAGUGAUCCAGCUGGGUCAUUCACGGGGGGGUGUUGUGCCUUACAGAGCCUGGGCCGUGGCUGCAUUUUGUGGGAUGCAGGGUGGGGUGAGCAUAUGACCAGCCUUCCCUCGGGAAGGGACUGUGGCUCUUGCUGGUACUAAGGCCGGGUAAUGCCCGGCCACAAGGAGAAGGAAACUAGAACCUAUUGGGGUCCCUCGUUUCCCCCAGCCCAUGGGAAGUUAGUGAGAUUACGUCUCCUCACUCUGUCCCAGAGCAGUCCCAAGACUCUCACUCAGUACAAGCUACUGGGGACCUGCCUCCUGUGUGUUCCCUGUGUCCCACCACUAAUAACUAGACCAUUCAACAUGACUGACCUAGUGCCUGCCCCCUAUAACAAUAGAGAGACUCCAGGGAAACCUUCCUCAACUUGGCUCAGACACCAGAGCCCUGGGGCACUGGCACUAUGUGCUGCAGCACAGCACUUACUGCAGCCAGGAAGCCCUGCUCAAGUUAUUUUACCAGCCCUCCAAGCCAGAUGGGUUUUACCCCAGCGCAACAGGAAAUAUGCUGUCCUGAGCUCAGCAAAUGCCUGGUGGGUAUCUGUGUUAGCAGCCUCUUCUGGGAUGAUUACUGAUGAUUUGUACAGAUUGGGGUAGGUACUGUCCAGUCCUGUAAUAACAAACCAGUCCCUGUUCUGACAAGUUCCCACAUUUGGUUAAUGACAAGACACCAUCAGGGGACAAAAGGACUGAGGGGGAAGAAGGAUGAGAAGAGCCUAUUCUUGGAGUAAAAUUGCCAUUAGUCUAUACAUCUGGCAUCCAGGAGUGCUACACAAUAGAGAAACCAUAGGACCUCAUUAAAUCUCACUGACUUGCAAACCAGAAAGAAUGGGGAAUCGGACCUGGAGUUGAUCUCAGCCACAACCUGUCCAUCAGUGAGCUACCACCUCUGUAGGAGCACUCCCUUCUCUGAACAUGCCUGGAUUAAAUGCUGUCUAGUGAUGAGCUGGUUGAACCAUCAGCUAGGACAGGACUUAGCCCUGCUAAAAAUUUACUGCACUAUGUGAACCCUACCUCGAAAAGUCAAGAUUUCAGAGAAAGCUGCCACAUAACCAAAGCAAACUAACAGUUUAUGUUGGAGACCCUAAAAGUGAACAUGCUCCAAAUCAUACGUACCUAGGGUCUCAUAAUACAUGGGAGGGAGCAUUAGGCUGGCUGGAAAAGCAUUAUGAGAUCAGCUGUGCCUUUAAAAAACCACUGCAUAUCUACCACCCUAUGCUCAAAUUAGCCAUCAGUCUUCUUCAACCCAUUCUACAAUACAGGAGCGAAGUCUGGGGGCUAGGGUGACCAGACAGCAAGUGUGAAAAAUUGGGAUGGGGUUGGGGGUAAUAGGAGCCUAUAUAAGAACAAGACCCAAAAAGCGGGACUGUCCCUAUAAAAUUGGGACAUCUGGUCACUCUACUGGGGCACAGCGUUACUAGCUAGUUACAAGAAUUAGGAUAAAACCCCAAGAGAGACUUGACUUCUGCAAUUCAACCAACAGCUAUUCCAGGCACGGGGACUGCAGCAAUAAUGUCUGCAGAAUAGAAAUGGGUCAAUUACCUCCCCCUAAAUUGUGGUGUUUCAACCAAACCAGCCCCUUUCAGCUCGAAGACCUAAAGGAUGAAGACAUAAGUCCAGAUGACAACAAUAUACUCCCAUGUGUCAUCCCUUCUGGGUCUCAGCAAUGCUACUGUCCCAAUCUGUGCAGCAAACAACCUAACCAUAACACAAAGGCCUGGCUAUUUUCAGAUUGAGACUGGAGGUUUUUCCAAAAAAAUAGGAUCCAGUUCAAUCCAGAAUUAUUUGGGGGAAGUUCUGUGGCCUGUGUUAGACAGGUGGUCAGAUCAGAUGACUGGCCUUGGACUCUAUGAAAAACCUUAUCACAUGACUCCAGGAGCUGAGGCCUUAAGAAAGACACCAAAUACCACAAGACUUGCACUAAAAUCACAAGCAUUGGCAGCACUGUUCCCAUCUAGCCAAGCACAGCUGUCAAGUUUUGUGCAAUUCCACAUCCUACUCCUGCCACUGCUUUGGUGCAGAUUGUCUUGACCGUUAGCAGACAUACAUGGUUAGAUGCACAUUCACUCAUUACAUAAUUUGCAUAAAAUGUCACACCAAGUACUGUGGGGUUUGCCUCUACCUAUGCUAGGAAAGUGUUAACAAUGGAUUUCCCACCCUGCUGCCUGGUGCAUUCUCAACUGGGGAUGAAAACUAUUCAGCGGCUAAGGUAGGUGGAGCUAAACUGUUUCAUCACCCAUUCAUGAGAGUACAGCUCUACCACCGGUACCAUGUUGUCAGCCAUGGGUCAUUUCCUAGUGUAGACAGGGAUGUAGGCGUGGAAAGUGGAGCCACAUGGGACAGUUUCGCCUUGAUUUGCAAAUGCACAAUUUGCUUUUCUAAGUAAUUCAGCUGUUCUUAGUGUGUCCAACCUCCUUUGCUGUGUGAAGUUCAUGAGCAGGGAAAGUAGCAAGAUUUGUUUUAAAAAAAAAAAAAAAAUUGAUGAAUGAGAUUUUAAAUGUCUUAUGGAAUCAAGUCUUGGAGUGUUUCUCGGGUGAGAAGCUUACGCAUUAAAUAGAUGAUGCAGCUCCUUGUUGCAAUGAGGAUUGUGUUGAGUGUGAGGUUUGGUUUCGGUUCCUUAAAAGGACCUAGGCCCCAAUCCUGCAAACUCUUAAGUGUGCGAAUAACUUUACUCCCAUCAGUAGUCCCAUGGGAGCGUUUGCAGGACCUGGCCCAAUAUUCCAUCUGGAUUAGGCCCGACAUUGCAUAAUAAUUAUUUUUAAAAGGUCUGACAAAGCCUCACGUUAACAGACAUGCAUUCAUGAAUUUUUUUUCAAUCAAAAUUUGAUUUAGGUGAAAAAAAUCAUUGACACCUCUUGUGCUUUUAUUUAAAGUCCCAGGUCCUGGAUUAUCGGAGCAUCUCAGCUUUCAUUUAAUAAAAAAAGGAGUGGGGGUUCUAGCCUUCCUGGUUAUGGGCAAAAGCUUGCAAAUGUGACCUGAGCACACCCUGAAAGCUCAAAAUGCCAGCAGACAAAAAAAAACCAAACCACCCAAAUGUGUUGUUUUAAAAAUAAAUCUUAUUUUUUUCAACCAAUAACAUGGGUGUUCUGCUGGACUCAUGCUUUUUGAAUGUUUUGGGUUGGCAAUAUUGUGUAAUCCUUCCCCCAGAGAUUGCAACAAUGUAGGAGGCCAGAAGAAUCUGAAAGUGAAACUAGAGGGAAACUAACAGAUAGUUAAACUGACAGAGUUCUGUGGGGAACAGCUAAAGGUUCUUACAUGGUGAAAGAAAAAUUGGAUUUGAAAAAUCCUUUCAUUUGGCAGUAAGCAAAGAUGUUCACAGAGGGCCCCGAUACUCCAAUAGAUGGACAUCAUGUUGCCUGAGGGAGACCCUGAAAGGAUAGGGGAGAAGGUCAGAGGCCAGGAUCCCGGGGAGCAUCCUUCAGUCACCCUCUUCCGAGAGUACCUGAGGCUGAAGACAGUCCAGCCCGAGCCCAACUAUGAUGUGGCCGUGCGGUUCCUGGAGCGGAUUGCAGCUGAGCUUGGCCUGGGGUGUCAGAAAGUGGAGGUGUUCCCAGGCCGGGUUGUCACCAUCAUGACCUGGCAGGGCACAGACCCGCAGCUCCGCUCCAUCCUGCUGAACUCGCACACGGAUGUGGUGCCGGUGUUUGAGGAGCACUGGACCCACAACCCUUUUGAAGCCUUUAAGGACUCUCAGGGUAACAUCUACGCCCGCGGGGCCCAGGAUAUGAAGUGUGUCUCCAUCCAGUACAUCGAGGCCAUCCGGAGGCUGAAGGCCGAGGGGAAGCGCUUCCCCCGAACGGUUCACAUGACAUUUGUGCCCGAUGAAGAGGUCGGGGGCUGCAAGGGCAUGGAGCUGUUUGUGAAGCGCCCCGAGUUUCAGGCUCUCAAUGUUGGCUUCACCCUGGAUGAAGGCCUGGCCAACCCGACGGACGCCUUCACUGUGUUCUACGGGGAGAAGUGCGUCUGGUGGAUUAAAGUCAAAUGUGAGGGGAACCCAGGCCAUGGAUCCCAGUUCAUUGAGAACACGGCUGCUGAGAAGUUGAACAGAGUGAUCACCUCCCUCCUGCAGUUCAGAGAGAGUGAGAAGCAGAGAUUGAAAUGUGACGAGCACCUCACCCUGGGCGACGUCACCUCCAUCAACAUGACUAUGCUGAGCGGGGGCGUCUCCUUCAAUGUGGUACCCUCGGAGCUGUCUGCCGCCUUCGACAUCCGCAUCCCGCCCACUGUCAACUUGCAGGCAUUUGAGGAGCAGCUCACAGUCUGGUGCCGGGCAGCUGGAGAGGGUGUCACCUAUAAGUUUUACCAGAAAUACAUGGAUCAGACAGUGACCUGCACCGAGGAGUCUGACCCAUGGUGGAAAGCAUUUAGUGGGGCCUGCAGAGACAUGCACAUGACGUUGAAGUGUGAGAUCUUUCCAGCCGCAACUGACAGCCGCUUUAUCCGAGCAGCUGGUCACCCGGCCCUCGGCUUCUCCCCCAUGAACCACACCCCGGUACUGCUGCACGACCACAACGAGUACCUCAACGAGCAGGUUUUCCUGCGGGGCAUCGAGAUCUACGCCUGCCUCCUCACCUCCUUGGCCAACGUCCCUCCUCUGCCAGCGGAGGGCUGAGGGGCACAGCGAGGGGUGGGGGAUACCAGAACGAGAGACGGGGAGUGAAAAUGCAUGGGGGCAGGGGGCAAUGGACAUGCAGGGGCUGGGGUAAGAAGCGGCUGCUUGGGGGUGGGCAGGACGGGCAGUGGGCAGGACUCCAGGGUUCCUUGGUGGCAGCGCCAUGUGCAGAAUCACCCAGCUGUGCCAGCCUAGGGGGGCAGGCAUCGACUGUGUCCGAGGGAAGAGGCAGCUUGUGUCUCUGCCUGUGCUCCAGGUCCGCUGAGCCCAUUCAGGGGGCCCUAUGGAAUUAUACCUGGUGUCCAGCUUCCAGCCCAUGGCUCUGCAAGCUAAGAGGGAGGCUGCCCCUGGGGGCACAACAUGCCAGGCUUUCUCCCAUUGCUUGCACUGGGGGUGGGGAAUACAUCUCGAGUGCCCUGUGCCCCUGCCAGGAAUUUACCCCCUCAUCACAUUGCAGCAGCAAUGCAAGCCCUCCCUUCUCAACAGGCGUAUGCCUGGGUCCUGGGGUCUAUGCAGGGUGGGGGAGGGUUGCUCUAUCCAUCCCAACCUCUCCAAGGCCCCAGAGCCCCUCUCCCUGCUGCUCCCAGCCCCAGAUCUCUGCAGAGCUGCCUCCAGGGAUGGGCCAGGGCCAUGGGGCACUCCCUGGGCAGCCUGCGCCUCCCUUGGGCCCCCUUGGCUCUCCCUGGCUGCCUAGCGGCUCUCCCUGCUCCUGGGGCUAAGCAUCACCACUUGCCCCAGGCAAGGCGAGGAUCUGGAAGCAGGUGUAUCUGUGGGUAGGUGUAGGCAUUGAAAGCAGGGUGAGCUAGUGGAUAAAGCACUGGACUGGGGCUCGGGAGACCCGGGUUCCACUUCUGGAUCUAGCCCAGACUGCCUGUGUGACCUUGGAUGAGUCAGCUGAACUCUGUGUGCCUCCAUUCCCCAGGUGAUCAUACCCCUCGAGCUCCUGGCAUGCUGCUCUCAGAGCCUUGGCUGGGCAAUGCUUUGUACCUGCUGCCUACUCUCAUUAAACCACUGGGUGCGUGGGGUGGGGGGUGGCAGGAAAGCAGCUGGGAUGGCACCUCCUCCCGAGUGCCCCAAACUGUCACUGCCCAGCAGAGAGGGGUUGAGGCUAAAGCCAAUUGCUGCGAAAGCUCCAGGCAGGAAUCAGCUCUGAGCUGGCAGUGGCAGGUCUGUCUCAGCAGGGGUCAGUGUUUCCCAGCCAUACUGGGGCUAGCAGCAGGGCCAUGGGGGGAGGGGGUGCCCAAGUCCCCUGUCUGUGUGACCAUGCUAUGAAUUUUCAUUCCCUGGGGCAGAAAAGCAGCUGGGAUGGCACUUCCUCCUGAGUGCCCCAGACUGUCACUGCCCAGCAAGGAGGGUUUAAUUGCUGUCUUAAUGAAUCACACUGCAUUGGUGAAUGCAAAUCAGAGCACAUGCCUGGCUGGGCUGCUGUGUGUGCCACCCUGGAGUCCCAGGCCGGAGGACUGGCCCCAUCUCGGGGGGUGGAGAAGUGUCUUCUAGCACAUCAGAAAGCCUCAGGGGGGACUCAUGUUCCCGAUCCCCAUUCCCCAGCUCCAGCUCUCUGGCUGCAGCCCCAUUCAGGGCCACCCAGAGGAUUCAGGGGGCCUGGGGCAAAGCGGGGGAGCUGCGGCACUUGUACUCACCCAGCGGCGGUCCAGGUUUCCGGCGGCAUUUUGGUGGCAGGGGGCCCUUCAGUC